CUUUUGCCAUCGUCUUCAACGUUGUGGAAUAUUUACUUUGAUAAACAGCACUUCAAGUGUACGCACUCCUUACUGCGCCUCUUUUGACAAGAAACUGCAUGCCUGUUUAUUGAGUACGCACCUUGCUGCCGCCGAAAAUACAAAAGAGCUGCGUUUUCAUCCUUCCUUCCAGCCUUCGUUACUCCACGACUCCAAAGCCUUCUCCAACGACUCCUUUGUCUCUGCGAGCACCGUCUCUUCGUCGUUGUUCUACUUACAACCAUAUCAUUACCAUCUCCACAGGACGUUGACAUGGCCGAAGUUUCACGACAGACGCCGUCACCUAUCCAGACGAAAGAUCUUCCUCACGACUCCCCGCCCAUCUCAGCGACCUCGUCCCCGGGGUCUCUGUCAGCCAAACGAAGCCGCUCUGGCCUGUCGCUCGACCUCUCCUCCCUCCCGCCACUGUCACAGCCUUCACCACCCUCCAACACUCUCUUAAUCACCCGGCUCGAGGACGACAAGAUCUUUCACCCUGCCUCGCUGGCAACGAUAAGACAACACAUCAACGAAAUAGCCCCACUCAACUCCUUUUCCCCGCUCAAAUCCCUCUGUCGCAUCAUCUGCUCCUUCUACGACACCGACUCGGCGAUCCGCGUCCGUCAAGCCAUCGAUGGCACUGCUCUUCUCGGAUCCAGCGUCGCCAAAUGUUACUUUGGCGAGCCCACCCCCAUAGGCGAUGAGAAGAAAUACCUCGACCGCCCGGACGCAGGACGGUUAUUCUUCAUUUCACCGCCACCAAGUCCGCCGGUGGGAUGGGAGAUGAAACACGAAGACCCCCCUAAUAGGGAGGUGCACGCCGAAGAUCUCGCCUCAAAGCUGCAGAAAUUGAGCGGCAAAUUGGGAACUGUCGCCGUGGAUGAGCAAAAGGAGGAUGGAUCAAAGGCACUGUAUUCGGCCGAGGCACUACAGAAACUGAAAGAGAGCAAAACACGCGGACUAGCUGGGGUAUCAUCAGACAACUCGCCGAGUGCACCGUCGCCCAGCAAGCACAGGAGUCGAAGCUCGACGUUGAUAUACGACCCGAAAGCCCACGGUGACAGCCCGGCGCUCCCGGCGGUGAUGCUGGAAGCGGAGGACGAGUCUGACGUUGAGCUCGAGGAUUCUGGAAACAGGGUCAUGGCGCAUACCCCUAGACCACCGGUCGAACUGAUGGAGCAUUGAUCGACGACUACGUAUCGGCAUUGAAGGCGCUCUUUGGCAUUGGAAACUAAUGGAAUAGAUGACAAGUCCAAGAUUGGCCUGGGACGAUUGGGAGUUCAGGUUUAGGAUCAUAUUUCUUUGAGCCAUGAUUGUACGUCUCGGUCAGAAGAAUCAUGGCUCAGCAAAUCCAAGCUGUGUAUGUACAGUAGAAAUCGAGGUCGAGAAGUGCCCAUAGUACAUUUUUAGGCCAGAAAAGAACCCGUAGUAUGUCCAAUAUCUAUAAAGGGUCGGACUUAAUUGGUCUUCCCAGAUGCCACA